UUAGUCCUUUGUCCGUCUUUCUGAUCUCGAUGUUGGAUAUUAUCAAAAUCGUCAUAUCAAAGUAACCGUUGACAUGCAAGUCAAGUUGCUCCGUUCACGCCAGAAAAAGAAAAUCUAAAAAAUGACACCUGGUCUGAUUAUGAGUUUUAAAUUAAAUAUUUAUCUUUUUUUUUUUUGGUAACGUGAUGAUCUCGAAAAACGAACUUAGCUAACUCAUUUUAACAUGAUAAAAGUUACUCUUUUUCACUUCGAUCGCAAUUUUCUCCAUUCGGUUUUGAGGUUUAAAUUGAAUCUAAAAAUGCUUUGCUGAAAUGUUAGAAUUAGGCAUGUUAUCAUCAGUAUUGAAUUCUUGAGACAUUUUUAUGAAAUAAAAUAUUUUAAAGCUAUCCUGUUUAUUUUUUGUAAUGCAAUCAGCCACAUAUUACUUUUGCAUAUAAAAUACUAAUUUAUCAAAUAUCAGUAUGUCUUAUGAAGACUUAAAGCAAGAAGUCAGUCGCUUGGCACUGGAGCUUCAAAAGGCCUGUCUUGAGAAGGUCCAAGCUGCUGAAUACGGCUUAGCUGUACUUCAAGAAAAAGAAGUUUUGCAAAAUCAAUAUGAUGACAUAAAACUUCAGUAUGAUCAAGUAAAAGAGCAAUUAAACCUUAUGAGUUUAAAGAAUGAAAAGCUAACCAACUGUACAGAGCAAGGUCAAGGGAAUUUAUUGCAUGAGAUUUCAACAAGAGAAUCUCUUUUAGUAAAAGAAAUAUCUGAUUUAAAAUAUGAGUUAAAAUGCUGUAAGAAAUCUGAUCGUGCGAAUCGUCAUGAGUUGGAAAUCCACAAAGAGGAAUUUACACAACUUCAUGAAGAAUUGAUUAAAACAAAAGAAAAAACUGAACAACUUAUUCAUGAAAACAAAGAAUAUAAAACAAAGGAAAUAAAGUUCAAUGAAGAUUACAACAUGCUUGAGGAGGAAAACACUUCACUUCAAAAAAGUAUUUCUAAACUGAAACAAACUUUAAUCGAAUUUGAAGGGAUGAAAGUAGAAAACAAGAGCCUAUUGGAUGAGAUCGAUAGUUUACAACUUCAGUUGCAAAUGUGUACUAUUGCAAAAGAGCAAUUUGAAAAACAACUGCAUGAAGCUUUGGAUACUGUGCGUGAACAGCGUGAGCGAAAUGCGCAGCACUUAAAAGAAAUACAUGAUUUGAAACAAAACUCCAUUUUGAAAAUGUGGGAAAUAGGGAGAGGAGAGGUCUUUUCAUCAUUUGAGCAAGAGCAUCCGAUUGUAACAAAAAUUACUGAAGAAUAUAACACACAUCAUGUAGUUCCUUCAGCAAAUCUUGUGGACGAUUUAAUGAAAGAACUUCAGUCAAGUGAAAUACGAGAGCUUGAAGAACAACUGCGUCAAGCUCAAAAAGAAAAACACGGCUUAGAAUUACAAUUGACUACAAAAAGUAAUGUAGCAGAGCUAGAAAAGAAUACUUCAGAAAAAUUUGAUCAAAAUGAAUAUUACACUAAUAACCAGUUAAAAGAAUUAUUGGAUUUGAAGGAGGGUCUGAAGCAGUAUCAGAGUCGUGAGCUUGUAUACCAACUGGAAAUAAAACAACUAUCGGACCAAUUGGAAGAACUGAAAGAACUUCUAAUAGAGGUUGAGAAUGAAAAAAAUACACUCGCAAUUAACAGCAAAGAUGAAAGUAAACAGUUUUCAAAUGACUUAUUGGAUGCAAGAUCAAAGCUGCGAGAGUCUGAAACAAAGAUCAAAAGUAUGCAAGAAGAUAUGAAACGUCUUAAAGAACUAACAGGUGAGUAUCAAACAUGUUUACACUGUGCACAAGCAGAGCUAAUAACCAUUAGUCAAGAUUUGGUAAAUGUAUUGAAAAAAGCCAAUUAUACUGGUGAAAUAGUCACUUUUGAAAUCAAUAACGAACAUCUUAAAGUAGGGGAUCCUGGAGUAAUUGUGAAGCUACUGAAUCAUGUUAAGCAACAAGAAAAAGCGUUGGAAAUUGUUUGCAAUAACCUAAUAAAUAGUAAUUCUGGGAUUAAUCCAUCUUUAGUGAGUGAUCAAGCUCUUGAAAAUGGUUACUUAAAAGAACAAUUAUUAAAAUGUCAAUCAUUACUAGUCGCUAAGCGAGAACAAAUAAGUACCUUGCGUACAGUAUUAAAAGCCAACAAAGCCACUUAUGAAGUUGCAUUGGCUAAUUUAAAAAGUCGGUACGAGAGUGAUAAAGCUAUACAAAAUGAUGUUAGUAAUCAGUUAAAACGUCAAAUUAAGGCUCUUAAGUCAGAAUGCCAAACUUUUGUUUCCUUACGAAGUAUGUUUGCUACUCGGUGCGAUGAAUACAUUAAGCAGCUAGAAAUAAAAGACCAAAACAUUGCUGCAGCAGAAAAUGAAAAACAAACGCUUAAUAUACUAUUAAAACAAGCGAUUCAUCAAAAAAUUUGCUUGACGCAACGUCUUGAAGAGUACGAAAUUGCGCGCGAACGCAUUCGACAGUUUACUAAGUCGAAUUUAAACAAAAAUGUAAAUAAAAAACCUGUUUCACCAACUAAACCGAUAACCAGAGUUUAGUUUUUCAUUGCUUUUACUGCGUUAAUUAUUAAUGAUUUUUAUUUAUAGAAAGAUUGUUUACUUCAGUUGAAAUUUAUAUUGAAAAAUGGAUACUGUUGUAACCUUGUUGCAUAUAUUUAUAUAUGUGUGUGUAUAUAUAUAUUGUAAAACAAUGAGAUAUGUUUAUAUUGAAGAAAGGAUAAUUUAGGUAUUUAUGUAUAGUUGUUAUAUAUAGGAAUUUAUUUUAGCCAUAAUCUAUAUUUAUAUAUUUAUACUGUAUGCAUGUUUGUAUUACUAAUUAGUUAAUAGAUGUGCAGAAGGCUAAAGCAACCCA